UCUGUCCUCUUUUAACUCGAUAAAUCGAGUCCGUUCUUCUUGUAAUCCUUAGGCUUCGCGCCAAUUCCAAGUUACCGCGAUAUUCCUCAUCUCUCUCCCGGUCUCGUUUUGUAGAGCUUUCUACUUUCCCGCCAUUAUACUAAGCAAGUGCUCGAGUUCCUAUCAUCUUUCUUGCGGUUGCGGCUUCUCUCAUUCUCCACUCCAUGAAUCGCAGUUUCGCUCAGGAAAUGACGAUCCGUUUGGUUUCUCUCAGUUCGCGGUUUCUCCUUUUCUUCUUCCUUGUCGCUACCGCAUCUUCUGGUGUGUUUGCAAGUAAUGGAGGUAUGAAAAUAGAGAGAACUUUGGCUAUGAUAAAGCCAGAUGGAUUGCGUGGUAACUUCACCGAUAGAAUUAAAGGGGCCAUUGUGGGGUCAGGGUUCAGGAUUUUGGAGGAAAGAAUAGUUGAAUUGGAUGAAGAUAGAGCAAGUCGUUUUUACGCUGAACAUUCGUCAAAAAGCUUUUUUUUUAGUCUGGUCAAAUACAUGACAAGUGGUCCAGUAUGCAUUAUGGUGUUGGAGAAACAGAAUGCAAUCGCGGAUUGGCGUGCUCUGAUUGGGCCAACAGAUGCAGUGAAAGCUAAGGCUACGCAUCCUAAUAGCAUUAGGGCAAUGUGUGGGUUGGAUUCAGAGAAAAAUUGUGUUCAUGGUUCAGAUUCUCUUCUAUCAGCUCAAAGAGAGAUCUCAUUUUUCUUUGGAGAAGAAACUGGUGAAAUGGUUGGAAAACAUGAUGAAUUAUAAUCAUUAAGCAGUCCGUGUAUAAACACGACUAGGUCUUAUACAGGACUCUUUAUUUUGAUUAAUCUCAAAUUCCAAAAGUGGAUUGCUGCCAGCCCUGACCCAAUUUUCAUCUAGAAGUUGGCAAGCCGAUACAUUGUACACACGCUCAUCUGUAUAUCUGUGUGCUACUUGUGGAUGUUACAUGUAUGCUCAGUGUCUGUAUUAGAAAUUUAGAACCUGUUCUCUAAUGACCUGUUUGUCAGUUUUAUUAUCUUUUGUUACCUUUAAGACGGUUUUGCUACUAUUAGGAAGAUAAAACCAUUGGUUGGUGAUGAAGGGUCUGUGGCUUCUUACGAUCUUAUUUAGACAAGAUUUGUUCUAUAGGCUGUAUAAUUGUGUCCUUGAAUUCUAAGAAGGAUCCGGUGGUUUCUUUAGUUUAUUAAGUUUUAGGUUCUCUAUU